AUGGCAACCUGCUCCCAGAGCUCUGCUUGUCCCCCGUCCCCUCUCAAUCCAGGAGAGCUGGGACCCUCUGUUCCAACAGCUGCCAAUGAGCUCAGAACCCUCAAACCCAAGAUCUUUGGAGAAGUAUCCCUCAGCCAAGCAAUCUCCCUCAUCCUGGGAUUGCAAAACCAAGUCCUCUGGCUCAAGUGCAAACUUGAGGAAACAAAAGAAGCAACCAAGGAAGCCCAAGACUGGAUGGGAGCAGUUGAUCAAGCCCUCACUUGCAUUAAGGCUAGGGGUGGAGCCCCACACACACCAGAAGACCAGAAACCUCCAGCAGUGGAGGCCACACCCAGGCCCUUACCCAAAACCAACCCUAUUCCAGUGCCUAGUGCGCCCCUCAUUGCCUGGGCCAACCCCACCAAGGCUCCCCCUGCCUUUGCGCAGCCAACCCCUGUCCAAGCCCCCCUGCAAGGCUAUACUCCCCCUCUGCCUUUGCCUAUCCAACUCUGUUCCCCUCAAGUCCCCCAACCAGUGGUCCCUAUAGCCAUGUAUCAAACCCUGGUCAAGGUAGACCACCCUGAUGCCUACACCAGGAAAAUAGGGAACAAAGCCCGCCAGUGGCUCACACAAAUGCUGGCAUGGGUAUGUCUGAACCAACAGAUGUUCCCCACAGAUCAGGAGGUACUGUCCUUCCUUCUAAUGAACAUGAAGGACGUAGCAGGGGCCUGGGCUCAUCCCCACCUCAAUCAACUAGGGUCCCACAGGGCCCUAAUCCAAACAGUUGACAACUUCCAGACGGAGUUUUUGGCUGCAUUUGGUAACCCAGAUGCCAUGCAAGCCACUGAGACCAUUGCCAUGGACCUGGAUUGGAACAAUGCCGCCCUCCAUGGGCAAUUUGCACAAGGCCUCCACUGGGAGGUCAGCUGUCUCAUUGCCACCCAAGAACAGCGCCCCACUACCCUCCUGGAGUUGCAAAACACAGCUCUGGUCAUUGAUAAUGCCCUCUGUGAGGAGUGCGCCAGCCACCUGCCAAGGGAUAAUAAGUCUGGCACCUCCAACACUACCCCCAGCAGGGGGGCAAGUACCGGCCAACAAGCCACCAGACCAGGGCGCCUGUCCAGCAAUCCCAACUUUGUCCCCAAGGAGGAACAGAACUGCUGCAGGGCUGAAGGCCUCUGCAUCAAAUGCAGGAAAACAGGCCAUAAGUUUGCGGAAUGCCACACUGGCUGGAAAGCCACACCUAAGGAGGAAGGCAUCAAAAAAGAAGCCGCCAAGAUUGGCAAAGAGUCUGGACCUGAAUUGGGAAAAGACUAA